CACAUUUCAUGGUAACCACGGUUAACCGAUCUAGCAAGAAAGCGAUGGACCCGGUGAGCUGAGUUUACGUCAAUCGUACUCAUCCACGCUCUUACGUAUCAGCACAUCACGUGACAACCGAUCUGCAGCUGCACGCGGGAGUUGUUGAACUCAAAGUAUACUGUUUUUAUAAGUAGUUUUUCGUCUUUUUUCUUUCGGCCACCGCUGAGAAAAAAUUCCUUUUUUCAAUACGCUAGCACAGUUUUACUUAGCAGGCGAGAUGUUGAGCUCCAAGCUGCUGACCCUUGUGCUCAUUGUCCAGCCGGGCAGAGUGCUACUGGGUAUGAAGAAGAGGGGCUUUGGUGCUGGAAAGUGGAACGGGUUUGGGGGCAAAGUUCAGCCUGGAGAAACCAUUGAGGACGCUGCUAGGAGAGAGCUGGAAGAAGAAAGUGGUCUCACGGUGGAUGCACUCGACAAGAUCGGAAAUAUCAAAUUUGAAUUUGUGGGAGAAACGCAGCUACUUGAUGUCCAUGUUUUCAGAGCCGACACAUAUAAUGGAGAACCGACAGAAUCCGAUGAAAUGAGGCCCCAGUGGUUCGAACGUGACAAAAUUCCUUUCAGUCAGAUGUGGGCCGAUGAUAUACUGUGGUUCCCUCUGAUGCUGCAGAAGAAGAAAUUUGUUGGAUACUUCAAGUUUCAGGGUCACGAUGUGAUUCUCAGCCACACGCUGGAAGAAGUGGAGGAGCUCUGAAGGGAAAUAAUCGAGCUGUUACUGGUGGCAUUUACAUCAGGGACCAAUAUAAAACCUGUGAGAAAUACCAGGAAUAAUCCAACGGUUGUUUUGUGUCAUUAUGCGGAGGAAACGAAGAUAUCCUGUGGAGGGUUUACAUGUUACGCAGCUGUAACACAAUUAGAAACCUUUUUAUUUCUUUACAGGGAUUUUUCCUCAUGAAAAUCAAAGCAGCACUACACUGAAAGAAAACAUCCAUAUUCUCAUUUUAUUUUUAGAGUAUCUGAUUCAACACAAUUCAGGAAGCACCUCUUUAGUGGAAUAUUUACAGUAUAUACAGUUCUGAAUUCAUUAGGUUUCAUAUUCUGUGCAGCACGUUUCCAAAAUUAAGGCGAUUACUAAAAUAAUUGUUUCAUACUGUAUGGGAGUUUCUUCAUAAAAUACAUGUUUAAACCAGUUCAUUUGCAAUUUGGAACAUAGCUUCUUUAACAUGAA